GGGCCUGGCAGCCCCGGCCGCCUGCACAGCACCCGCCACUCCUGGCGCUGCCGCCCGGCCGGCCCCCGCGGGCCCUGCCUGGCCAUGGCCGCGGCCACCUCCCCUCCCAGGGCCGAGAGGAAGCGCUGGGGCGGGGGCCGCCUGCCAGGCGCCCGGCGGGGCAGUGCGGGCCUGGCCAAGAAGUGCCCCUUCUCAUUGGAGCUGGCCGAGGGCGGCCCGACGGGCGGCGCGCUCUACGCACCUAUCGGCCCUCCCGGAGUCCCGGGGCCCUCGUCCCCCGCCGCGCCCGCCGCGUCCCCCGCCGCCGCCGACCUUGGCCCGCGGCCCCGCGUAAGCCUCGACCCACGCGUCUCCAUCUACAGCGCGCGCCGCCCGCUGCUCGCUCGCACUCACAUCCAGGGCCGCGUCUACAACUUCCUCGAACGCCCCACCGGCUGGAAGUGCUUCGUCUACCACUUUGCUGUCUUCCUCAUCGUGCUGGUCUGCCUCAUCUUCAGUGUGCUGUCCACCAUUGAGCAGUAUGUCGCCCUGGCCACGGGGACCCUCUUCUGGAUGGAGAUCGUCCUGGUCGUGUUCUUCGGGACGGAGUACGCGGUCCGCCUCUGGUCAGCGGGCUGCCGCAGCAAGUACGUGGGCAUCUGGGGCCGGCUGCGCUUUGCCCGGAAGCCUAUCUCCAUCAUUGACCUCAUCGUGGUGGUGGCCUCCAUGGUUGUCCUCUGCGUGGGCUCCAAAGGCCAGGUGUUCGCCACCUCAGCCAUCAGGGGCAUCCGCUUCCUCCAGAUCCUGCGGAUGCUGCACGUCGACCGCCAGGGGGGCACCUGGAGGCUGCUGGGCUCCGUGGUCUUCAUCCACCGCCAGGAGCUGAUCACCACGCUGUACAUUGGCUUCCUGGGCCUCAUCUUCUCCUCCUACUUCGUGUACCUGGCCGAGAAGGACGCUGUCAAUGAGUCCGGCCAAGUGGAGUUCGGCAGCUACGCGGACGCCCUGUGGUGGGGGGUGGUCACCGUCACCACCAUCGGCUACGGGGACAAGGUGCCCCAGACGUGGGUGGGGAAGACCAUCGCCUCCUGCUUCUCCGUCUUCGCCAUCUCCUUCUUCGCGCUCCCGGCGGGGAUUCUCGGCUCCGGUUUUGCCCUGAAGGUCCAGCAGAAGCAGAGGCAGAAGCACUUCAACCGGCAGAUCCCGGCGGCAGCCUCGCUCAUCCAGACGGCGUGGCGGUGCUACGCGGCUGAGAACCCCGACUCCUCCACCUGGAAAAUCUACGUCCGGAAGCCCUCGCGGAGCCAGGCUCUGCUCUCCCCCAGCCCCAAGCCCAAGAAGUCUGUCAUGGUAAAGAAAAAGAAAUUCAAACUGGACAAGGACAACGGGCUGAGUCCGGGGGAGAAGACGCUGGCGGUCCCGCAGAUCACAUGUGACCUCGCGUCGGAGGAGCAGAGGCCUGACCACUUCUCGGUGGAUGGCUGUGACAAUUCUGUGAAAAAGAGCCCCACGCUGCUGGAGGUGAGCACAGCCCAAUUCAUGAGAACCAACAGCUUUGCCGAGGACCUGGACCUGGAAGGGGAGACGCUGCUGGCGCCCAUCACCCACGUGUCACAGCUCCGGGAGCACCAUCGGGCCACCAUCAAGGUCAUUCGACGUAUGCAGUACUUCGUGGCCAAGAAGAAGUUCCAGCAAGCGCGGAAGCCCUACGACGUGCGGGACGUCAUAGAGCAGUACUCCCAAGGCCACCUCAACCUCAUGGUGCGCAUCAAGGAGCUGCAGCGAAGGCUGGACCAGUCCAUUGGGAGGCCUGCUCUCUUCAUCUCCAGCUCAGAGAAGAUCAAGGACCGAGGCAGCAACACAAUCGGCGCCCGCCUGAACCGCGUGGAGGACAAGGUGACGCAGCUGGACCAGAGGCUGGAGCUCAUCACGGACAUGCUGCAGCAGCUGCUCUCCCUGCACCGCGGAGGCGCCCCGGGCAGCCGGGUCCCCGGCGGGGGCGGGGCCCAGGUGGUCCAGCCCUGCAGCGGCGGCUCCAUCAACCCCGAGCUCUUCCUGCCCGGCAACGCGCUGCCCACCUACGAACAGCUGACCGUGCCCGGCAGGGGCCCCGAGGAGGGCUCCUGAUGGGGGCUUGGGGCCCAGGCCUGGGGGGGGGGAGGCCCACCCCACUGCCCACUCAGUGGGGGCACCACCAGGGCUCAGCCACCUCAGCUCGAAGGCCUGAGAGAGCAGCCCAGCUCUCCGAGGCCCUGGACACCCAGUGGGCCUCGCGGCUCUCAAGCCUGGGCUGGGGGGCCCACCAAGACCUCCCGUUCCCAGCCAGCGGGUACUAGAAUUUGGCCAGGCAGGGGCCCUCUGAGGCGGUGGCCCCCCCACGUUGCUUGCAUGAUCCCCGGGACACAGGGUAGGGGUCAGGCCGGCCAUCCUGGGCAUUGGGUUUGUCCCAUGUCCGGCCAGGAAGCAGCCCAGCUGGGUGCAGCCCCCAGGGAGCCUCCCUGAGCGGGGACAAAGGACUGGCCCGGACAGGGUCUGUGGGGACCCCACCCUCAGCCUCAAAUCCAGGGCCCAGUUGGACCCAGGGAGGUGGCAGGCAGGGCAGGGCAGGCCCAGCCCUUGCCAAAUAAAGGACGCGCACAAUCAAGUCCCGUUCAGAGGACCCAGGCCCAGGCCCAGCUCCAUCGCUCUGCAGAGAUGUUGGCGCAGGCCAGGAGCUGUGGAGGGGCUGCUCCUGAGGCCACAGCUUCCGCCCAGAGGGACAGGCCACCACUGUCCCCAGAGCUCGUCACUGGGGGUGGACCAUCCCCCCCAUGGAAUGAGGGUACUUGGGCCCCCCACCUUGGUCUGGCAGCUGCUCCCACCCAUUCCGGAGAAAAGAGGAGGGUGACCCAAGCCCGCUCUGCCUGCGGCCCCGCCUCCAGCCACCCCCACCGCCCACCCCCGCCUGGUCCAAGCAGCGCUAUGGAUGCACUGACCGGCCCCUCCCCAGCCAGACGCCGCCGAGCGAGCCGCAGGGAGCAGAGGGGUGUCCGCGUCUCUAGCCGGACCCGUCGCCUCCUGGGCACGAUGUCUCGCCGAAAUCAGAAUAAUUUGUGGUGAUUUGGAAUCUGUGUUGUCAUGAAUUUCACGGUGUGAUUGUGAGUCUUACUCGCGCAGGUUUUCCCUAAUAAACGUGGAGUCACAAGGU